AUGAGUGAACAGCGCAACGAUGAUGUGACCGAUGGUACCAACGCGAGCGAACGUACCAGCUGCGUAGAAAUGUUGAACAAACGACCUCGCCUGUUGUCCUUCCAAGGGCUGAGCUCGCACUCGCGUGCCCUGGCAGAUAGGGAGGUACCUGUGCCGAUGGCAAGUACAUCGUCCAGCUCCCUGGAACACAUCAACCGCCGUGAACAGCUGGCCAACGAUCUACGCAGCUGGCAGGAAAGUCAAAUCGCUGCCUGUAUAGAUGACAACAUUUUGAACAUGGUGCUGGAACGGUUUCUUGUCUUCUUUGACCGACGUAACAAUGGCAAUACUGCAUCACAACAACCACCCCAAGCGAACGAAGGCCAACUGUUGGAGGACGAAGCGGUGCGAAUGGCAAUAAGUGCGCGGGGUCUGCUACCAUCGAGCUCGAGUGAACUGGCCGGACCUUCCACUUCGGCACCAGCAGCGCCGGGACCAGUGGUCGCGACGGAAUGCACUCCCACAGUUGUGCCACCCGAUCCCAGUUGGCCGGAAAUGGGACGAGCUUUGCAUGACAAUUACAUCCUCGAGACGGCAGUGGCGGCUGCCAUUCAGGAGAAGGGUUUAAUAUCGGGCUGUUCGGAGGCGGAAGAAACGAGUGACAGUGAUGGCAGUGUGCAGGGCGACGAGGACAGCGCUAGGUAG